UUCCCACAGGUGUAACAGGAGUCCUGACCGCACACACCCCUACUAUUCACAACAAAGUCAACACGGUUCUCUGAAAGGAGGAUCGGCAUCUGGUCACGGGUGUUUGGGAGCACCCAGGGGUUUAAAUCCAGGCAUCCCUUCUUUGACCCGGAGUCCAAACAUGUCUUUAGAACAGUCAGAACUUUGCAAUUUAGCUCCUAUACAAACUCAACCUCAACCGAAGAACCCACUCACCACAGAGCAGCUUCCUAAACCCACCACUGGGGUACCUCUGGGACAGGAAAACAUUGCUGUAUUGCAUGAUUAUAGAGUACUCCUCACCGAGUCCCAGCAGACUCUCUUGGCUAUAAAUUAUAUACCCGGCAGAUGUUGCUUUUGCUGCCCUGUGCCAGUAGGAUACCGGCUGACAGAUGCCUCAGAGAACGAUGUUAUUUUCACAGACUCUAUUGAUACCAAGAAGAAAUCAAUGGGGAUUACCACUCCGACUGGAGAACCCAUAGGCCAUGUACAGGUAAAAUCAGAUAUACACCAGAAUUUCCUGAGGAUGUCAAUUCAGCUGCCUAUUGGAGAGCCAAAGUUUACCGCUGUUGUGCCAGGUUGGGACGCCAUGAAAAACCGAGAGUUGGACAAAGUAGAGAUAACCAGCGUACCAGGAAAUAAGUGUGUGGCCCGGAUAGAGCGUUCAAGAAGACCAGGAAGUUCUACACAGGUCAUCUUCUAUUUUACUAUGGACAUGGAAGUCACUACAAAAGCCAUCAUCCUCAUUUCCUACCUGUGCCUGAAGAAGCGAUUUGACGCAGAUGAGCGGGCGUAUGUGCAAAGCCAGCAUGUAGGAGACGGAAAUGGAGGAGGAGGAUAAGCAUUGAAGAAUAGCUUAACACCUUUCCCAACAACGGUGACCCCAAAAAUCAAAGACUUUAUCCUCACUACGCCGUGUCCAGGAGCUGGGUCAUGUGUGAUGGAAGCUGUACACAUUCCUUAUAUUGCUGGAUGGAGUGGUGAAGGGUUACUGUAGAGCCUCUUGAUUUUUACUGCUGUGUCUGGGGAGAUUUCACUUCCUGUGUGGUCACAAUGGCAGGAAGUGAGGAUAGGGGGCACAAAACACCAAUAAAAACAUAUUUUUGGGGGAAUUUACAGAAUAUUUGAAA